ACUUGGAAGAAACAAAGUAAGUUCAGAGAAGACGAAGAACUGUACAAACCUACAAGAAUCCAACAAUAUAAAAUGACCAAGACAGAUCCAGACCCCACAAAUUCCUACAAAACUCCACUAUUAAACAAAUCGAGCGAGGUUUGUUGAGAAUAAACAAUGGAGGAAGCAGCACCUUUCUCUCGCAUAUGCUAUAAUUUACGAAAAGCCAAACCAUAUUUUCCCAAAUCAUACAGUCACUCCCAAACGUUGUUCUUAUCAUCUAAUGGGUUCAAUUGCGUUCUCACUGUUUUCCCCAAAACUUUACACGAAACCCCGAGUCGACGGGGGUACGCCGGUGGCAAUGAUGGCCUACCCCACCCCUUCCCCCGCCGCUGCGGCAACCAAAUCUAAUUUGGGUUUCAAAAAUUUAAUGGAGAGUUUCACUGUGGACAUUCAUCGAGCAGAAGGAAGGCAAUUAAACGUGCCAUUGAUUGCACCUUUUACGAUUGCGUCGUCGAGGCUCGAGGGAGUGGAGAACGUCGCGGUUCGUGUGGAGUUGAAUAACGGGUGUGUUGGGUGGGGGGAGUCUCCGAUUCUGCCAUUUGUCACGGCGGAGGAUCAGAUCACGGCUUUGAAGAAAGCAGGGGAAGCUUGUGAGUUUUUGAAGAAGAGUCAAGCGAUGAGUUUGGGUGAUGUGUUGCGAGAAAUCGGUCAUCUUCUUCCUGGACAUGAUUUUGCUUCUGUUAGAGCAGGGGUGGAGAUGGCUGUGAUUGAUGCGGUUGCUACUAGCAUUGGCACGCCAUUAUGGAGAUUCUUUGGUGGAGUUUCAAAUACAAUAACAACAGAUAUAACAAUACCGAUUGUUUCACCAAAAGAAGCUGGUGAAUUGGCUUCAAAGUAUUGUAAAGAAGGGUUCAAGACUUUGAAGCUUAAAGUUGGAAAAGAUUUGAAUACAGAUAUUGAAGUGCUUCAAGCUAUACGUGCAGCCCAUCCUCAUUGUCUAUUUAUUUUGGAUGCUAAUGAAGGCUACUCCUCUUCUGAAGCUAUUCAAGUUCUUGAAAAAUUACAUGAAAUGAAUGUGACUCCAGUUCUUUUUGAGCAACCGGUUCACAGAGACGAUUGGGAAGGUCUAGGCCACGUGACUCAAGUUGCGAAAUCUAAAUUUGGUGUAUCGGUUGCUGCUGAUGAAAGUUGUAGAAGUUUAGCGGAUGUUAAGGAAAUAAUAAAACGACAGCUGGCGGAUGUUGUUAAUAUUAAAUUAGCAAAAGUAGGUGUCCUUGGGGCUCUUGAGAUAAUCGAUUUGGCAAAAGCUUCUGGACUUGAUUUGAUGAUUGGUGGGAUGGUUGAGACUAGACUUGCCAUGGGCUUUGCGGGCCAUCUUGCUGCUGGUCUUGGCGGCUUUAAAUUUAUUGACUUAGAUACACCACUUCUGCUGUCUGAAGAUCCAGUUUUCGAGGGUUAUGAAGUUUCUGGCCCUACUUACAAGUUCACAAAUGCUAGAGGACAUGGUGGGUUCCUUCACUGGGAUAAUCUUGCUUGGCUCAAUGGUUCACCGGUUAAAGAAAGAGGACUGGUGAGUCGACUCAGUGAGUGA